AUGAUGGGAGGCUGGUGGUCGUCCUCGGCCAACAGCGCCCUGGAUGAGCAGAUCGAGAAGGCGACGGGAAGCAGCUUGGAGGAUAUUCCCCUCAAUCUCGAGAUAUCCGAUGUCAUCCGGUCCAAGACAGUACAACCCAAGGAGGCCAUGCGCUCGCUGAAGCGACGCAUUGGCAACAAGAACCCCAAUACCCAGUUGAGCGCCCUCAACCUGACCGACACCUGCGUCAAGAACGGCGGCUCGCACUUCCUUGUCGAGAUCGCCUCUCGCGAGUUCAUGGACAACCUCGUUUCCUUACUCCGUGCCGUCGGCCCGGCCGCCGUCAACCUCGAGGUCCGUGCCAAGAUUCUCGAAUUGAUACAGUCGUGGGCCGCUGCGACGGAAGCACGCCGCGACCUGACAUAUAUCGACGAGACCUACCGAACGCUGCAGAGAGAAGGCUACCAGUUUCCCCCCAAGGUGACCGUGGCAAGCAGCAUGAUAGACAGCAGUGCACCUCCAGAAUGGACCGACUCGGACGUAUGUAUGCGGUGUCGGACUCCAUUCACCUUCACCAACCGGAAGCACCACUGUCGCAAUUGUGGCAACACCUUUGAUCAGCAAUGUUCCACCAAGUCGCUGCCUUUGCCACACCUGGGCAUCAUGCAGCCUGUACGAGUCGACGACGGAUGCUAUGCGAGAUUAACCGACAAGUCCAGCAAGGGCUUGAUACCGCCAGAGCGGUCGCCGUCAAGCUCGUCAUUUCCCCAUAAGAAUCACAGCACGUCUGCUUCCAUGCAGCCACGCAGUGCGCGCGUCGACGAUGCCUUCGACCAGGAUCUCAAAAAGGCUCUGGCGAUGAGCCUGGAGGAGGUCCAAAGUCAUUCUCAGGGCUAUGUCCCACCUGUCGACAACACGCCUGCAGCCACCCAUGCCAACGUCGCCAGCGCUGUCAACGAUGCCGUGUCGGCAUCGGCUAAUGCGCCCGACGAGGAGGAUGAAGACCUCAAGGCCGCCAUUGCAGCAUCACUGGCAGAUAUGGAAGAGCAAAAACAGAGACAUGCUGCUGCUCUAAAACAACAUACAAAUGCCGCCGAAAGUGUCCCGGCUGCUUCCUUUGGUCUACCGAAGAACGACUACGAACUCACGCCAGUCGAAGCCGAAAACAUCAAUCUUUUCUCGACGUUGGUUGACAGGUUGCAGACGCAGCCUCCGGGUACAAUCUUGAGAGAACCGCAGAUCCAGGAACUCUAUGACUCCAUUGGGACCUUACGGCCUAAGCUGGCCCGCACAUAUGGGGAGACAAUGAGCAAACAUGAUACGUUACUAGAUCUGCACGCAAAGCUGUCUACCGUCGUACGAUACUAUGAUAGGAUGCUGGAAGAGCGCCUAUCCAAGACUUAUAGUCAGCACAACAUGGGCGGCUACGAUGUUGCCGCCCCAAGACAACCGACUGGCUCCUAUCCCUUGAUAUCUACGGCAGGUGGCGGUUUAACAUCCGCGGAUAAUUUCUAUAUGGCCGGGCAUGAAUCUCGUCCUGGCCCAUCAUCUGCAGGUCAAGAUUACCCUCGGCAUGCCCAGCGCACGCCACAACCGCAGUACGCCGGCUACGGGAAGCGGGCUUCAGUAGCGAUGCCCAUGAGCGGGCAGUAUACCCAGCAUGCAGUUCAGAGCAACGAUAGUUGGCAGAAACAAGCACCAUCGGCGCCGCCUCAAUACCCCAGUCAGGCCAACUACGCUACCUCGGAACAUGCUCCCGCGCCCACUCACAUAUCCCAGCCAUCGCCACGAACGCCGCAUAACAGAGCUCACGAGUCUGUCGGGGCGUCUUCAGCAGACCCAAGUGCAGCCUUUUAUUACAGCAGUACAUCGGCAGGCGACCGUCAUACGCCCGGCGUGCCUGCUGAGGCUGCUCCAUCUCCUUACCCAACGCUCCAGAGUGCGAGGUAUGACGGGCAAUCCGUUUCACACACUCCUGGUUCGGUUGCUGUGCAGUCUUCGCAGCCACCUCAUAUUCCGCAGCAGUAUCAACCUUCCGGUCAGCCCACACCACAGACCUAUUGGCGGCAGCAGCAGCCGCCGCAACAACAGCAACACACGGACUCACCCGCCCCGGCCUACCAGAUGGGUGGACCAGCUUAUCCGGGCUUUACGAAGGAGUCAUUCCCAUCCGCCCCCCAGCAUGCACCCCAGCAACCUGUGGUGGAGGAAAGCUUGAUCGAUCUAUGA